AUCUGUGCUGCUGUGGUCCAAAACGGAUAUCCUCACAAUUGCUUGCAUUUGGGUUGAUUGGUUACCACAGGCCAGGGAAGAUUUGUACAAUGGAGCUCACAGGGUGCCGGCUGUAACUUGACUGAAGAAGGUGGAGCCUCUGGCUCAGUGAAUGAGUAUGUACCGCCCACAGCUCUGCGCCACCCAACCCGCACAGAGAAACCUGCCAGAUCCUUCCAGGGAAUCUUCCUCUGUCCCGCCGCGCUUUCUUCUCUUCUGGAAUCAAUGAUAAUGUGGCCCGUCCUGUGUGCUUUAAGGCUUGGGACUUUGUUGGUGGAGAUUUCCUUUUCUUCAGCGAAAUCGACUGGACCACGGGGACGGGGAGAUGGAUGUGGUCACACGCUGUUAGGCCCUGACAGUGGGACGUUGACAUCAAGGAAUUAUCCUGGAACCUACCCAAACCAUACCUUGUGUGAGUGGCAAAUCCAAGUGCCUGAAGGAAAGAACAUUUUUGUCAAAUUUGGAGACCUAGAUUUGCAGUGUACCUCUGAUUACCUCAAAAUCUUCAAAAAAACAUCAUCUUCAAUAACUGAAUGUGGUACUUAUUGUGGAAGCCUAAACUUGGACUCCAGAGAAAUCCACAUAGACAGCAAUGAAGUAAGCAUUCAGUUUAAAAGUGGCUCCCAUAUAUCAGGACGUGGAUUCUUACUGUCAUAUGCUACAAGCAGCCAUCCAGAUCUAAUUACCUGUUUGGAUAAAGGAAACCAUUAUGAUGAGCCACAGUUCAGCAAGAAUUGUCCUGCUGGUUGCAAAGCUGUGAUAGGAGAAGUCUCUGGUGAUUUUUCUCAAGGAUAUAGGCAUACGUCGGCCCUUUGCAAAGCUGCCAUUCAUGCUGGUGUAAUACUAGACAGACUGGGUGGCAAUAUAGACGUUGUUCAGCAUAAAGGUCUGAGUCGAUAUCCAGGUAUCCUGGCAAAUGGUGUUUUGUCAAAAGAUGGAUCUCUGUCAGAUAAACGGAUUGUGUUUAACACUAAUGGUUGUAAUCAACCAUUGGGAAUGGAAUUGGGACACAUUGCUGAACAUCAGAUCAAUGCCACAUCAUUCUGGCAAUGGACAGAUGCAAAUGGUCAAACUGUCAGUUGGUCACCAAACAAAGCACGACUUAAUGUUCCAGGACCUAGCUGGGCUGCUGCUGAAGGUGAGAGCCAGCAGUGGCUCCAAAUAGAUUUGGGAGACAGGAAAUGCCUCACAGGAAUCAUAACCACAGGUUCCACACUUCCAAGCUUUCACUUUUAUGUAGAAACUUAUAAAGUAUCCUUCAGUAAAGAUGGUCAAAAAUGGAAGACCUACAAAGACAGCAACAAUAAUGUUGGACAGAUAUUUAAGGGCAAUACUGAUUACUAUCAACUGACCCGCAAUAAUUUCAUCCCUGCCAUCUUUGCACGUUACAUUCGUGUCAUUCCUCAAAGCUGGAAUCAGAGAAUAGCCAUUAAAGUGGAGUUAAUAGGAUGCCAGCAAAUAAGAUCAAUUACAGGUAAUAAACAAAAACCUACUCAUCCUAUUGACAUACAGGACAAAGAAAAUGUGAACAGUACAGAUCCUGUAAUUACAAACGAUAUAAAUUAUGGAAUAUUACUCAUAGCCAUUGUGGUUCCGUUUGUACUUCUUGUAGUACUUACAAUAUUGGGAAUUUACACUUUCAAGAGUUUAAGAAAAAAGAAGACACAAGAUAUUGGCACCUCUGGUCAAAAAACAGCUUGCUGGAAACAAUUCAAACAGUCUUUCAAAAGACCCCAGUCAACUGAGUUUACCAUUAACUACAGCCAUGAAAAGGAGAUCUUGCAGAAACUUGACGUUGUCAGGAGUGACUCAUCAGACAUUUACUGCACAGCGGGAGGCCAUUUACCCCAUUAUGUCCAAACAAAGAUCUGA